CGGACUGAUGAUGUCACCGUGGCUUCCGGCCCCUGGCCCUUAGUUCAGGCCGGAGCUAGGUCCGUGAGAAGUUAGUAUUGGCCUACCCUGUGCUCGUUCCUGAGCGACGGAGGGUGGACUCGGCCAGAGGUGGGCUCGAGUCCCGCACCUCCUGCGCCUCCACCCCAUGCCUGACGGGUGUGAAAACUGGACCUGGCCGAAGGUGGGCCGGGGUUGAAAGAAACGGCCCGCAUGAUCCGCCGGGACCCCAACCCAUCGCCCAGAAGACCCCACUCUCCCUGGAAGGAAGACCAUCCUUGAGGAGGAUGACUGAGACGUUAUGGGCCACGCACUGUGUGUCUGCUCCAGGGGAACUGUCAUCAUUGACAAUAAGCGUUACCUCUUCGUCCAGAAACUGGGGGAGGGUGGGUUCAGCUAUGUGGACCUAGUGGAGGGCUUGCAUGAUGGACACUUCUACGCCCUGAAGCGAAUCCUAUGUCAUGAGCAACAGGACCAGGAAGAAGCCCAGCGAGAGGCAGACAUGCAUCGCCUCUUCCAGCAUCCAAACAUCCUUCGUCUCAUGGCUUACUGUCUGAAAGAGCGGGGUGCUAAGCAUGAAGCCUGGCUGCUGCUGCCCUUCUUCAAGAGAGGUACACUGUGGAGUGAGAUAGAAAGGCUGAAGGACCAAGGCAACUUCCUGACUGAAGACCAAAUCCUUCCACUGUUGCUGGGUAUCUGCAGAGGCCUUGAGGCCAUUCAUGCCAAGGGUUAUGCACACAGGUCAGUGGGCGGGCCCUAUGCACUUAAUGAAGCCAGGGGAAGAGCAGUGCCAGGAGAAUUGGAGUUCCUCUGCACUCUCCGAGGUGUUCCCUGGGAUACCAGCUUCCCCGCCCAGGAUGCCUUUGGGUCAUUUUCACUUCCCUCCAGGGACCUGAAGCCCACCAAUAUUUUGCUUGGUGAUGAGGGGCAGCCAGUUUUAAUGGACUUGGGUUCUAUGAAUCAAGCAUGCAUUCAAGUGGAGGGGUCUCGCCAGGCCCUAGCUCUACAGGACUGGGCAGCCCAGCGGUGCACCAUCUCCUACCGGGCACCUGAACUUUUUUCUGUGCAAAGCCACUGUGUCAUCGAUGAGCGGACUGAUGUCUGGUCCCUAGGCUGUGUGCUUUAUGCCAUGAUGUUUGGGGAAGGCCCUUACGAUAUGGUGUUCCAGAAGGGUGACAGUGUGGCCCUUGCUGUGCAGAAUGAACUCAGCAUCCCACAGAGCCCCAGGCAUUCUUCAGCAUUGCGACAGCUAUUGGCCUCUAUGAUGACUGUGGACCCCCAGCAGCGGCCUCACAUCCCUGUCCUCCUCAGUCAGUUGGAGGCAUUGCAGCCACCAGCUCCUGGCCAGCACACCACCCAGAUCUGAUCAAAUCCGUGGACAUAUUGGGUAGAUGACCUUGAAGCGGCUCUCACCCCUCAUUGGAACUCCUUCCGUGCUACCCAGGAUGACUCUCACGGCUAUGGGCAAGGAUGGUGGGUCCUUGUAUAUUCUGCUCUCUUAUCCCAAUACCUAGGCAAGGAGCCUAGGGUGAGUUGGGGGAAAAUGAAACAGAAAAUAUGGCUCAAAGCUGGACUGCUGGGGUACAUCAUGUUCUGCUUCCAGAUCCGGAAGUGGGAGAAUACAUAAAAAGGAGAAUAAAGUGAAAACGGACCAUG